CACUGGCGGAACGUGUAUCUUUCUAUGAUGACUCCAAACUCCACUCCACUGCUCUUGUGCAUCCUGAUCUUUUCCGCCGCACUCUCCGAGCUACUUUUCAAUCCGGAUGACAAUGUGCAGCUGCUGGAUGUUGCAUCAUUUGAAUCCGCGCUAAGUGAACCAACGUCUGGGAAACUGGUGCACUUCUUCAACGGAUUCUGUGAGGAUAGUCAGCGCUUUAUACCAGCAUUUAGGAAUGUAUCUCGUAAACUUUACAAGUGGCGCCGAGUGCUGAAGGUCCAUGUACUGGAUUGUGGAAAGGAUGAGAACGACAAGAUUUGUGGCAGCUUCAGCAUUCGCAAAACGCCAACACUACGCUAUUUUCCACCAAGUUACAAGCGAGUGCCAGAAGAUCUGGGCAUCGAGAUCACUAAUCGAAAUCCCAAGGAAAUAGAGUCGAAGCUGGCACUAAAUCUUCAAAAUUUGAGUUACUUCAAAAUGUUCAAGCCGCAGGACAAUGUGACGCAUAUAUUCGAAAACCACAAGCACGUUGAGUACGUUGUAUUUGUGUAUCAAAUGUGCCUAAAUCACUUUCUUCCGCAUCUGGAAACGGGCAAUUCGAUGGAGGAGAAGUACGCCUCCCAGGACGAUUGCAAUGCGGAUAAUCCAGUAGUUUCGGUGAUCGGAAGGAACACCCUUCUGGAGUUGCUGCCCUACAAGGAGGUCGUUGUGCGCAUAUUCGAUGAUCAUGAUAUUUACAACAAAUUCGGCAUUUCGCCAGUUCCCAAUUUGCUGGUUGUGGUAAAUAGAGCUCGCAAGCUGCUAUUUCUUACACCCGAAAUGGAUAACAGCAAGGCGUAUGUGGCGGCCAUUAAGCAAUUCUUGAUCUUCGUCGACCGAAAGCCGCAGAAACCAUUGCCCAAGACCGCAGUGGCCAACAUAAGUGAAGUGCUAAGGUACCAGAUAUUCGAGCAACACGCGCAACAUCCAACUCGCAUCUAUCGAGCCGAUCUGGAACGGGCUAUCAAUCAAAUCCUGAACGUGGAGCUCUCCAGAACUUCGCACUUUGUCGGUACAAAACUAGUUGUUUUGCGGAAUUUCGUGAGGCUGAUAUACAACUCAAGUCCCUUGAAAACCGAGGCACAGGAAAAGCUGGCAGGACUUUAUUAUUCGCUGCGAGCGAAAAAGCAACUGUCUGGCGUUGGAUUCAAGGACUUGCUGCUGAAAUCAGUGAAGGAUUACGAGUUUGAUGGCAAGCAAUUCGUUGGUUGCAUUGCAUCUCGUCCUCUUUUGCGCGGCUUCAACUGCUCCCUGUGGCUGCUGUUCCAUUAUCUGAGUGUGGAGUCGGAAAAGCUAAAGCCCCGAUCCGUGUUGUUGGUGUUUCUCGGAUAUGUGCGAUUCUUCAUGAGCUGCAGGGAGUGUGAUAUGAAGUUGGGUGAGUUCAAGAAGCUCCGACCAAUUGGCAAUGUGAGCAAUAAUGAUGAGCAGAUAUUGUGGCUCUGGGAAGCCCAUAACUAUGUCAACAAACUGUUGGCCGGCGAUUCUACAGAGGAUCCGAAAUUCCCAAAGAUUCAGUUUCCAAGCGAAUCAGAUUGCCCCAACUGCCGGAACAACCAGUCUGAAUGGCGCAACGACGAAGUACUGAAGUAUCUCAAAGCCAUGUAUGCCCUAAAAAAUCUUAGUUGGUUCGGAAUGUCAUCCGCAAAAUCAGACAGCGAAAUACAGCGAUAUGCAACCACAAGUACACUUUAGAUUUACCUUACAUACUUCAACUGAAACUACGAAGUUACAUUGUAAUUUAUAAGAUUAA